UGAUGUCACGACAGCUCUGUGACACCCCGUCAGGGCGUUCCGCGGCGACCGUGGUCUCCUCUAUGACGUCUGCAGCCGGGCCAAGAAACAGGGGAGAGGGUUGGGUCCAGCCGCGGGGCCCACCGGCUGCACGCAGGCUUUGUGUGGUCUCGGCGGCGCGCAUCGGCUGAGGGAGGGCCGAGGGCCUUGGCGGCUGCGGCGGCGACUUUGGCGUCCGUGAGUGGCCCGCCGGGAGUCAGGAUGCGGCGGAGUCCCCGCCCAGGCUCAGUCGCGUCCCCGCACAAGCACACGCCCAACUUCUACAGCGGCAACAGCAACAGCUCAGGGAGCGCCACGUCGGGGGACAGUAGCGGCCACCGGUCAGCUGGGCCGGGGCCCGGGGAGCCCGAGGGCGGAAGAGCCCAGGGCUCGAGCUGCGGUGAGCCCGCCUUGAGCUCAGGAGUGCCCGGAGGAACCGCACGGGCUGGAAGCUCUCGGCAGAAGCCAGCGCCUCGGAGCCACAAUGGGCGGACCGCCUGUGGAGCGGCAACCGUGAGGGGCGGGGCCUCGGAACCGGCUGGCUCUCCCGUUGUCUCUGAGGAGCAGUUCGACCUUCUCUCGACCCUGGACCGGAGGCAGGAGAUGCCUCCCCUGCGAGUGUCCAAGAGCUUCCUAAGUCUACUUUUUCAGGUGUUGAGCGCGUUGUUAUCCCGGCUAGGAGACGUGCUUGUCAUUGUGUACAGGGAGGUCUGUUCCAUCCGCUUCCUGCUCACGGCUGUUUCACUGCUGAGCCUCUUUGUGACAGCACUCUGGUGGGGCCUCCUGUGUCUGGUUCCUCCUUUGGAGAAUGAACCUAAGGAGAUGCUGACUGUAAGUGAGUACCACGAGCGUGUGCGCUCCCAGGGGCAGCAGCUGCAGCAGCUCCAGGCUGAGCUGAACAAACUGCACCGGGAGGUGUCCAGCGUUCGUGUAGCCAACAGCGAGAGAGUGGCCAAGCUUGUAUUCCAGAGGUUGAAUGAGGACUUUGUGCAGAAACCUGAUUAUGCGCUGAGCUCUGUAGGAGCCUCCAUCGACCUAGAGAAGACAUCCCACGACUACCAGGAUGCAAACACUGCCUACUUCUGGAAUCGCUUCAGCUUCUGGAACUAUGCGCGGCCGCCCACGGUUAUCCUGGAGCCAGAUGUGUUCCCUGGGAAUUGCUGGGCUUUUGAAGGCGACCAGGGCCAGGUGGUGAUUCGGCUGCCAGGUCGUGUGCAGCUGAGCGACAUCACCCUGCAGCAUCCACCAGCCAGUGUGGCACACACUGGGGGAGCCAACAGCGCCCCCCGCGAUUUCGUAGUCUAUGGCCUCCAGGUUGAUGAUAAGACUGAAGUUUUCUUGGGGAAAUUCACCUUUGAUGUGGAGAAAUCUGAGAUUCAGACUUUCCACCUACAGAAUGACCCCCCAACUGCCUUUCCCAAGGUGAAGAUCCAGAUUCUAAGCAACUGGGGCCAUCCCCGUUUCACGUGCUUGUAUCGAGUCCGAGCCCAUGGCAUGCGAACCUCAGAGGGGGCAGGGGACAGUGCCACAGGAGGGCCCCAUUAAAAUGCUGAUUGUUGGAGUAGAGUUGUCUGUGCUGGAAGAAGCUGGAUCAUUGCUGGAGAGGUGUCUGUUGGGGGGGCUUUGGUCGCCCUUGGUAUGUAUGAUGGGGGGAGUCUACCUCCCAAUGUGUGCUCUUUUCUUAGAAAAGUCCAGAUCGGUAUAGUAGCAGCAACUCAUGUUUAUAGAGUCAUUCCAUGUGCUCUGGACAUUAUACACAUUACCUAACUAAUUCUCACAACCAGAGGGGACGAGACCACUCAGAUCAGGAAAUUUGCUCCAAGUGACACAGCUAGGAAAUAGUGUCACAGCAGGACCUACGCCCACCUUCCUCCACAGGCCACCCUUACCUGCAGUCAGCCUAAAUCCAUACUUAUGCCCCUCAAUUCCUAACCCCAACCUCUGGGAAAGUCCCUUGACUCCUGCAGGUGCAGGUGGAGGGGGAACUGCCACUUUCCCUCAGGUAAACACUAAAAAACUAAGGAGACUUGAGAACCUCUAGGAAGCAUCUGGGUCAGUUGACGGAGCCCCUACUCAGGUGGCUUUUACUGAGACCUGAGUGCCCAACUCUAUGUGAGGCAUGGUACAGAUGGUCCUAGUUUUCAUCCUGCCCUCAAAGAGCCUAAUACCGUAGGAGAGAGGAUGCUCUAGGAAACAGGACCAUUUACUGAUUCAAGAAUUCUUCACUCAAUAGUAGAAAUGGAGGAAAACAGAUGGAAGAGACAGUCAUCAAAAAAUGAAGGAGUUCUACCUGAGGUAGAACUCUAGCAGAGAGUAGAAAAAGGGGACCAGCAUGAACAAAGAAACACGCAACAUCUUGGCUGUUAAGAUCCUUCCCAGUGUGUUCAUGUUUUGGAAGAACAUACACACUAGGAAGUUGAAUGCUGAGUGUGUGUGGGGAUGGAGCACGUUUCCAUCUGUUUACAUUGGGGGGAUAUUACUGUUGUAAUUUGAAGACAAAGGAAAAAGAUUCUUGAGCGGUCUCAAAGCUUGACAUUAGUAAUAUGAAAAUACAACUUUUCUGAAGGGCAGUUUCACAAUAAAAACCAAAAGCCUUAAAAAUUUUUAUACUCUUUUUAGUAACAGCAAUUCCAUUUCUAAGAAUGGAUCCAAAGGAUACAGAUGUAAUCAAAGAUAAUACUUUUAAGGAUAUUCAUCACAGUUUUUAAUAAAGGAAAAACUGGAAAUAGUAUCUAAGAAGGUAAAUCAUGGUCCAAAGAUAAUAUUCAGACAAUAGAAAUGGUAAUAUAAGGGAAUGUUUAAUGUCAUGGAAAGUAAUUAAUGAUAUAUGGAUUUUUUUUUUAAGAUUUUAUUGGGGGAGGGGAACAGGACUUUAUUGGGGAACAGUGUGUAUUUCCAGGGCUUUUUUCCAAGUCAAGUUGUUGUCCUUUCAAUCUUAG